GUGCUCUGACCCAGUACAGUCCUGAACUACUAAAGAGCCUGCCCAGGCAUUGCCCCAACCCUUCCUGCAGAGAGCACACAGCUGCAGAGUUAGUGCCAGAUGUAGCCGGCAGUAAGGAUCUGCCUUCUGCCCAGACAUUCAGGAGAGGCGAGCGCUGAACGUAGUGGAAUUACUGGAAGCACUGAGAAGGAGCUAUCUUUACCUUCCAUGGGGAGUUCAGGACCUUUUCACGUUGCUCUGUACCUCCACAGCGGGAAGCACCAUACCUGUCCCCUCCAGAGGGGUACUCCCAAGAGCACAGGCCUGUCUCCACAGCACCUGGACUGAUAACCUGGCUCAGAGGAGGGCUCUCAAGGGUACAAGAGAGCUUGUCAUGUCUGCUCAUCUCUUCCUAAAAAGCAGGGACAAACUGCCUCCAGAUGGCCCGUAGACUAUCAGGCUCCACCCUGUGAGCUGAUAAGAUUAACCCUUGCCUGGAAGGACAGGCACACCCGUACUAUAAAAUAGUGUGAUUCAGAGUGGACGGGCAGCGUGUCCUGUUGGAGUGUGGGGAGGCGGAGUUCCAGCACUAGCGCCAGCCUCUGCUCCAUCCAGCUCGGAUAGAAUGACCGUAGCCAUUUAGGCAUGGUCCUCCUUGGCAAGAUUUGGCCCCAGGAUCCUCAAAGUGGGCAGCCUGUCUGGGCUCAGAAAGCUACGGAGGUGUGUCUCUGUCACAUUCUUCCCAGGGUCUCCUCUAUGGAGAGGUCCCUCACAGCCCUGCACAUGAGCUUAUACCACCCUACACAGGGCCCGGUCACCUUUGCCAAAGUCCCCCUACAGCUGCAGCAUGAUGCCAGCCGGAUGCUGGUUGGGCGAGGGCAGGACGCCCACCUCCAGCUGCAGCUGCCACAGCUGUCCCGCCACCAUCUGUCCCUGGAGCCCUACCUGGAGAAAGGCAGCACUCUGCUAGCCUUCUGCCUCAAGGUUCUGACCCGCAAGAGCUGUGUGUGGGUCAACGGGCUGCCACUGAGGUACCUGGAGCAGGUCCCCCUGAGCACUGUCAACAGAAUCUCCUUCUCUGGCAUCCAGAUGGUAGUCCGCAAAGAGGGCGGCACCUCCCUGGAGGCCUUUGUCUGCUACUUCCAUCUCAGCCCUUCGCCCCUGAUUUACAGACCCAAGGCCCAGGAGACAGACGAAUGGGAAAACAUUGUUAAGAAAGAGACUCCCCCUGUUUUGGGGGAGGCAACUCAUGAUCUCCUGGGGUCUCUCCACGGCUCCUCCCAGACCCAGACAGCUGUUUCCCCGCCAAGCCCUGGAGAAGCAACAGAAACAAAGCUCCAGAGGGAGCCUGCAGACACGGCACCCCGCCAGCCCUGUUGCUGAGAGCAAGCCUUGCUGAAAUGGGGUUGAAAUAUUUGAGCUACAUCGUGCGAGGUUAACCCGAAAAGUUCACAUGCAAGGCCACUGGCCGCCCUGUUCACGGGGAACUGAUUCUGUAAACUCGGAGCAGUCCGGGGGUAUAGAGGUGCCCUCCAUGGCUCUGGGUAAUAGGAACUUCAUAUAUUUUUAGAGGCCCUGAGGGGUUCUGGGGAGCCUCUGCCAGCACCCCCCCCCCAUUUCCUCCCUUGUCUGGCUAGGGGUUACUUUAUGUUGCUCAUUUCACAUGCUGCUUAAGAGCAGAAGGGUUGCAGCAGGAAUGCAAGGGCGUGCAGAGAAAUUACGUUUGUGGUAGCUCUGGGUCGCCUUCAACUUUCGAAUACCCACAGGCGCUCAGGGCUUAGGAGAGCCUGUGUUUAAUAAACUGAAAGUAUUUCAUUAAGCUGGCAUGCCCAGCAAGAUUCCCUGAGCCCAGAUGGGCCACAUGUAAGCCGUGUUGUCACGUGGCCCUGGGGCCCGGAUACCUGGGAGAGGUGUGAGUGGAAAUGGGGAAGGUAGGUAGGAGCUUGCGUUUCUGGGAAGGCAGCAAGCGGAUCUCCAGGCUUCCAGGAGGAAGGCUAGAAGCUAGGACUGCUUGGAAACUUCCUGCCCUCCUCUUCUCUCUUCUUCCUUUUCUUCUCCCCCCCCCCUCCGUUUUCUUGUUCCUUCUGCUCUCCUUCCAUUCUCUGUCACUUCUGAAUCAAAGCCUUGAUUGGCCGGAGGGCAAAGAUCUUCAGGGAGAGAUGGUCCUCUAGAGAAGUAGGCUCUUUCAGAACUAAAUCUAUGGUUGGAGGGUGAGGUUGUGUAAGAAGUCAACUCAGCAGUUAUCGCGCUCAGAGUAAGUCAGAUGCCAGCAGGGGGUGGGGGGAGGUACCUUUUCUGAAUGGAGGUGGGGAUGGGGGGUUGUUAGGAGCCAAGCAGGUAAGGAUGGGGGAAUUUUCUCAGUGAGAAGGGGACCAAGGGCUAGCAACCGCUUGCCAUUUAGAAAUGGUGUUUACUCAUGGGAUGGCAGGAGUGUGCCACAGACUCCGCCAACCACCAUAACCCCAGACCCUGCACUUGGGCACCCAACACACGAGGGUGCAGUGCUGCUGGCAGACUGAUACCCCACCCCUGUGGGUGUCUGUGCCACCCCUGUCAUCUACCAUCCCUUCCCCUUUGUGCCCGGGGCAGAUUAUAGGAGGCUCAGCACUGCUUCCCUGCCCGUAGAGAAAACAACCCUGGACCAGACCUACCCAAUCCCUGCUUGGGAAGGUCCCUCCUCCAACAGGAUGUGAACGGAGCACACUCAGGCAGGGCUGAGGGGACAUGCUCUGCCUUCGGGGAUGCCGGCCAUGUUAUGAACACCCCCCCCAAGACUCCCAAACCAGUUGCUUUCUCAGUUACCAACGGAACUCCACCUCACGCCAAAUGAGUACCCACUCUCAGGAUCCAGGAAAAAACAAAGAAAGCCAAGAAGAUCUGCGCUCUAGCAGCUUGCUGGCCUCCGAAAGGAGAAGCACUUGGGAACAGAUGACUAAUUAUUUUAUCAUAGCUAUUGUGAUUGUAUCUUCUCUCUCCUCUAGCUGGGCUUGAGAUUAGCCCUAUCAUUAGGUGGAUUUGAAGGUGAUGCUUGUUAUAUAUCCCUCCCUCUGCUAAGCAAGUCACAGUGUGAUAAGCCAUGGGACACUGCAGCCAGCUGCCACUGACACACACAGUUCUCACACUCCCCCAGAUAGACACUGGUCUCAAGAACAGCUCACAGGUAAGAAAAGUUAACUAGCCAGGGCCACGUGAUGGGUGAGUCCGGUGAUCUUGGGCAAGCGAUUUAGCCAGGCACGCCCUUGGAUUCUAUGUCAGGAAAGCUAGGGAGAUAAGCAUACCUACCUGUCAGAACAGUUGGGCAGCUCUUAGGAGGUGGGGCAUGGGAAAUGUUUAGUGCCAUGCCUGCACACAGCAGCUACUCAUAAAAGGCCAGCCACCAUCCUGAGACCAAAGACAGGGAAAGCUAAAAUAUACAAAUCCCAAAGCUUAUCACAAACAAGGAACUUGGGGUGAUUUGAACCCAAGUGAUCCGGCUCCAGCGCUCAAGGGCUUUCAGCACUCUGUGACUCUCUAAGGAUUUCAUUUCCAUUUGGGGCCUGAAGGGAGGAGGUUUUUGUAUUAGAAGGUCUCGGUGUAGAACGAAAGACACUAUGGGCACUGGAGAAGAGAAAGUACCUGUAGGUUCAGACUGGUGCUUUUCACAGGACCCUGGAAGAUUCAAGUGCUGUCCAGAGCAGCUGCCGCAAAGCCUGGGGAGCCAUGCUUAGAUCACCCAUGACCACCAAAGGCGGAAGGCACCAGGGUCUUUACGUGCAGCUCCUGAACUCACAGCACAGGCUACAGCUGCUGACUGCCUCUCUCCAUCCUCUCCCCUCCAGGAGACCCCAUCCCUGCCAGGGGUCCCUGUGAUAGAGCAGAGAGCUUCCUCCACGGGGACUGCGUUGUUGGAAUAUUUUGGGUGAAGCAUCUGUGAGGUCCUCACUCCGAAAAGUAGGCUAAAGGAUGACAGGCCAGACACAGGAAGGGGAAGAGCCAGGAAACAUCUGGCUUGUUUCUCAAAGUCUCUUCAGGAAAGUUUCUUCCUCUUUUUCUUCCUUUUUUAAAAAAGCUUUCAUAUAUAUAUAUAUAUAUAUAUAUAUAUAUAUAUAUGUAUAUAUAUAUAUAUAUUUAAGACAAAGUCUCACUGUGAGGCUCAGAGUAGCCUUGCAUGCGUUGUCCUGCAUCUGCCUCCCAAAUGCCUCAGUUACAAGUGUACACCAACCAACCCUGGCUUGUGUCAAGUACUCAAGAGAGCAAACUCUGCUAGACUCCACUUCUCAUGAAAAGCAUAAACAAGCCUCAAGCCGGCAACUUCACGGCCCCCUCCCACUUCCCUAGCACUUGAAAUCUGCAAGGUGAUCUCAAGACCCUGGUUUGCAGAUUUGACAUCACCAUCACUUCUCUCGCCUGUGCAGGAUCCUUUCUAAGCCUCUCAUCUGCGUGUGCUCAGCUUCCCGCUCCUGGCAGGGCAGCCUGUGUGGCCACAGGGAUGAGCACAUGGACGCAUACACAGCGUACAGACACACAGACACCCAUAUGCACAAAACAAGGGUGGCUUCAAGCUGCGUUCUGGUCAGCCCACUGUCUGGGCUACAAUUCAUGCUGCUCCCUCCAUCAUCCCAUGGUCUUUGGACCGGUGGCUCCUGCAUUAGUACCCCUGUAGAAGUAAACAAAGGCACUUCAGGUAAACUUGUCUGUGGCACACAGUCUGGGAGGACAAGAGAGAGAGCUGUCUCUCCCUCUCCUGCCCCCGUGGGCAGCCCAGGGCUUCAGAGAGCAUGGCAAUGUUUUCUUUGUCUUCCUCCCUCCGUGGGCUUCUGCACCCCACCUCAGUUGGAACCUGGGUUUGGGGCAUGGGCAUGAUGAAUAGUCGACUGUGAUGGAGAAGGAGAGACAGCUCCCUCUCACCAGCACUUCCAGCCUCCAAAAGAGGUGCAAUGGGGCAGGCUUUCCCAGGAGACCACAAGAAGGGCUCUUGGCCAGGUGGUUAGACUGAGGCCAGGCCAGUCACCUGCAAAAUCUCCUCUCCCUGGCCCCCUCUCCCAAGCACACACCAGAAAUACCCAUCUUGCUGUGUCAGCUUGCCUGCUACAUAUACCAGUAUCACCUGAGACCGUAGGGCACCAGGAGGCCACCUGGCUAGAGGCCUGAACAGAACAGUUGUUAACCGGAAGGAAUACUGGUUGGUACACAGGCGGGUAGCAGUCAUUUCUGCCAGCUGGGCACUGAGGGAGUAGUUGCCUCAUCGAUGUGUAAGUAAAGCCUUAGGUGAAGGGUCCAGUUUUAGACCUUCUGGUGUGCGGUAGAGCUGGAGACAUGGAUUGAGAAUUGUUUCUAUCACUGCCCACUGCACCAUCAGGCUGCCAUCAACCAAGAGGUUCAGAAGCAACCAAGCCGGCCUCAGUAAGUGUAGAUGGUUCCUCACUACCUCUGCUGCCCAGAAACCAGCCCAAGCUGGGACACCCACCUCCUCCUCCAUCCACUGGUUCCAGUUUCCUCAGCCCAUGGCCUCUCAGUUAUCACUCUGCCACCCCAGGCCAUCUAUCUAGCCAAGACUUGGAGGAGGGUUAAGCCCUAGGAGGAGAUGCGGAUUUUAAUGAACUUGGUUCACAUUGCAAGGCUCUGAUUCCUCUUACCUUUACCGUGAACUCACAGGCGGAUUAAAGUGAAAUAAAACUUACUAUUUGAGUUACAUUUUCAGCUUAUUGAAAA